AUUCAUAUCUGCCAUUCCUUUUGCUCAUCUACUAUGGAGUUCUAUGGCAAAGGAAACCUUUGGAACUUCGUUGAAGAAGAAAGGAGGAACAUGCAUUUUACCAGGAGCCUCUCUUUCAGUACUGAUCAAAAUGUGUCUGAACCCCAUGAAUCCCCUUUUGUUUCUCCUAAGGCUUCUUCGGCUUCUGCAACAUCGAUCCCAUUAUCGCCCAUGAGCCCCGAGACUCCAUGGAAGCUCUCCCCCAUGCAUGCAUCUCCCUCCCCAUCCCUUCUCUAUCACUGCUUAGCUUCACUCCAUCGAUAUGAAGGUAACGUCUUUUCUAUUGCUAUUUCAAGGGAUUUUAUCUUUACUGGUUCCGAAAGUAGCCGAAUCCAUACAUGGAAAAGGCCUGAUUGCACUGAAGUUGGUCACAUUAAGGCUAGUUCUCCUGAUGUGCGAGCCAUCUUGGCUCAUGGAAGGAUACUCUUCACAACACAUGGUGACUGCAAAAUCCGAGUAUGGGAUGUUUCAGUUACAGAGAAAUUUCGACCGAAGAAGAUCACUACCUUACCUCACAGAAAUCCAUUCUUCUUGUUUCCAAAGAAGAACUCUCACCAGCACAAAGACUACAUCUCUUGCCUGGCCUACAACGAUGGAGAAAAGCUUUUGUACACAGGAUCAUGGGAUAAAUCAGUGAAGGUUUGGAACAUCUUCGAGAAGCGAUGUGUUGAUUCAUUUGUGGCUCAUGAAGGCCAUAUUAAUGCAAUUGUGAUCAACCAACAAGAUGGGUGUGUUUUCACUUGCUCCUCUGAUGGUGCAGUGAAAAUAUGGAGAAGGGUUUAUGGAGAAAGCUCACAUAUCCUCACCAUGACACUGAAAUUCCAGCUUUCACCAGUCAAUACCUUGGCACUGAGCUCAUCGCCCAGCUCUUGUUUCCUCUAUUCAGGCUCAUCUGAUGGCCUAAUAAACUUCUGGGAUAAGGAAAAGACUUCUGGUCGAUUCAACCAUUGUGGGUUCUUACAAGGUCAUCAUUUUGCCGUCCUGUGUCUAGCAACUAUACGUGAAUUAAUCCUCAGUGGUUCUGAGGAUGCAACUAUAAGGGUGUGGAGAAGAGAGGAAGGGCAUUGCUUUCAUUCAUGUCUGGCAGUUAUGGAUGGACAUCAUGGGCCAGUGAGGUGCUUAGCUGCAUCUUUGGAAAUCGAGGGGUUGUUGGUAUAUAGUGCAAGCUUGGAUCGAACUUUCAAGGUAUGGCGAGUUAAACUUUUGACACCAGAGAAGGCAGCAAUGGAGGAAUUAGUAGUAACAAAUGAUCAGCAGACAGAGAUUGAGGAGUGUAAGAUGAGUCCAGUUUUAUCUCCUUCAUGGGUAGAGAAGAAGAUUCAAGCCAACCAUUUUCAGUAGGGGUGAGGAGUAGAACAAUAAAAAUUGAGUAGAAUUCAACCAUGUUGGCCUAGACUUAAAAUAUGAUGUACUUGUUGGGUUGAACCACUAAAUUCACCUAGUAGCUUUUUCUGUGAUAGUACAGCCUUCAAACUCUGACUACGGAGUAGCAUUUCUCUUGGUAGUUCCACAAACUUUAUUGCAAUAUAGUACUAAUGACUAAUGAGUUCAAGCCAA